AUGGAAGCAGGAGCAUCCAUGCGGAUGUUCAGUGGAGAUGACUGCGACUACCGGGAGUAUCGCAGGUGGAAGCAGUGGGCCCUCAACAAAAUGAGGACCAUGGACAAGCUUGGCGAGGAAGCAAGGGGAUCGUUCAUCUGGACCCUGCUGAGCGGUCGUGCACUCGAAGUGGUCGAGCAUUUGAAGGAAGAGGACUACCAGAAGAAGGGUGGCGAACAGGCGAUCUUCGAUCUCCUCGAUCGCCGAUGGCCGGAGCUCGACCGGACUGACGAAAUCGGCGAGAACAUCGCUGAUGUCUUCGCCUUGAAGGCGAAGGAAGGCGAGACCGUUCGCCAGUGGUGCGCACGAUCCCGAGAGGUCUUCGACAAGUGCGCCCGUAAGACUGGAGUCAAGUUCCCCGAGGAGGCUCGUGGUUGGAUCCUCCUCAACUGCUCGGGCAUGUCCGAGGCCGAUCGUGCUAUCUGUCUGGCCCGCGCCCAAGGAGAUCUCAAGUUCGAUCAACUAUCCCAGGCUAUGAGGUCUUGCUUUCCGGACUAUGUGAUGGCCCGAAAGCGAACGACUGCCGCUCACCUGGUGGACGAUGUGGAGUCAGCUCCUCCAGCAGCCGACAUGGCUGGUGAUGGAUUUCAAGAUGUUGAACUGUUCCUUGCCGAGCACGGCUAUGAGAGGGACGCUGACGGCGACCUGCCUGAUGAAGAGGGUCUUGAAGAAGAAGAUGCUGCCGAGAUUUUAGCAGCCACCUGGCGAGAGCGCCGGGCUGAGUUGAAUCAGGUGCAAAAAGGCCGUCGGUUCACGCCGACUGAUCGGCGUAACCCUCCUGGCCAAUCCAAGGAGUUCCGACGUUCCUUCCGGGUGCAAGUUGAAGAGCUUAAGCAGCGAACCCGGCGCCGUCGUUGUGGCAAGAUUGGACAUUGGCAGCGGGAAUGCAAGGCUCCAGCUGCUUCGAGUUCCACUACCACGACAAGCCACGCUGCCGGUUCUGUCCAAUGCCUGGAUGUCGAUGCUCCCGAGCAUUUCGUGUGUUCAGCAACGGUGGAACAGGAAGUUCUUUUGGUGAGCAGCCCCGGUUUCGCCAUCCUCGACAGUGGAUGUGGGAAGACAAUCAUUGGUGAAGACACCCUGGCUGCCUUUCGACAGAUUUGGCUCAAACAUAACAUCCCAGCUCCACGUGAGCAUGCUGAGGUGAACCGUUUCCGAUUUGGGAACGGUGAGCAGGAAGUCAGUCAGAAGGUUGUGGAGAUGCCCGUGUUUGUGGCCAAUCGCCCCGGCUUGGUUCGAGCCGCUGUGGUUAAGGGAAAGGCACCGCUCCUUCUUUCCCGACCGGCCCUGAAGACACUCCAAGCCCAGAUGAGCUUUGCCGACGACCGGCUGACACUGUUCUCCGAUCACGUGGAGGUUCCGCUGGAAGUGAAUGCUGCUGGGCAAUAUGCCGUGAACGUUUCGCAGUUUCCCUCGGAUGCCCGAAGCCGUUUUCCAGCCGUGUCGGAUGAGCCAGUGCCUGAAGCUGAUCCACCAUCCGUCGAAUGCCACUCGGAACAGAUCCUUCUGGCCGAAUGGACGGCCAAGCAGCAUCGAUGCUUGAUGGCUCAGGCCUGGACCACGUUGUUCAUCCGUUUUUGCUGUGAGCUCACGCAAAUCCAACAGCUCCACGGGAAGCGGCCACCUCGUCGUCAAAUCCACCAGAAAGAUGGGCCUACGGCCCUGUAUCGUCCCGGACCCAUGGCCCAAGAAGAUUUCCAGGAGCUGAUGCAAGAGAUAGUGCCUGACCUCAUCCAACAGGUCCUCCAAGAGCAACCGAAGUCCUUAGAACAGUCAAGUUUGGAUCGGCCGUCGGAGUCAGAUUCUGCACGAGGGGUGAAACGAAGCCUUGAGGAAAGCGUGGAUCCAGCCGACUUGGAGCCAGCCGACAAACGUGCUACUCCACCCGAGGGUUUCGAUGAACUGCUAGUCCAAGAGAUAGGUCACACCUUCGUUCGAGAUGAAGUAGCCGUUUUGUCUGUUGAGGUGCAAUCCCAGGUAGAUCCGGAUCGCCAAUCUGAUCGGUUGGAACCCCAAGAUCGGACAGCCCUGAUCCAAAUGUACAACAACGGUGCCUCUUUUGAAGCCUUGGUGACGGCCUACAUGAAGAAGAAAACUUCCAAAGAGGUUCCGGCUUCUGGGAACCCCCCUGAAGUUCAGCUGAAGAUAGACGAAGCCAAAUUGUUUGAAUGGAACACUGUCUCAGGGAAACAUGCAGCUAGGCUCGUGCUUGGUCCGGAGGCCGCAGAAGUUCGAGCACACUUUGGUCACCGUAUCAUGGGAAGCAGGUUUGUAGUAACAGUAAAGACCGAAGAUGAUGCUGCACCCCGCAUGAAAGCCCGUUGGUGUUUGCUAGGCCACCUGGACCCUGACUUGACGGAGAAAGCACAAGUGGGAGAUUUGCAAAGUCCCACGUUGUCACAAGUCGGAAGCAACAUGAUUUUCCAACUGCUGGCCAGCCACAAGUGGCGUAUGUCCUUAGGCGACGUGAAGGGGGCAUUUUUGUCUGCUGGUGAUCUUCCGAAGAGAUACCGUCCUCUCUAUGCUCGGCUUCCGCCUGGAGGCAUCCCGGGCGUCCCAGAAGACGCCUUGAUAGAAGUGGUUGGUCACGUGUACGGACUUAACGACUCCCCAUCGGCAUGGUACAAGAAGUUGUGUCAGGAACUCAUCCAAGUGGGCUUUGAACGAUCCCGUUUCGACGCUUGCCUUUUCUACUAUCGAGAGCAUGGUAAGCUUACAGGUAUCUAUGGUGUUCACGUGGAUGACUGUGUCACCGGGGGUGAAGGUAAGGGGUACCAUGAUGCCAUUGAACGACUCAAGUCGGUAUUCGAGUUUCGUAAGUGGAGACAAGGUUCGGGUGACUUUUGUGGGUCGCAGUAUGAGCAAACCAUGCAAACGUUCGAGAUUGAAAUGAACCAGUGUCGUUUUGUUGACAAAGUGAAGCCUCUGCGCAUGAGUAGGGAGAGAGCCCGUGACAAGGACAGCCCGUUGAACGAGAAAGAAAUUAGUUGCCUUCGAGCUAUCAACGGUAGCCUUAACUGGCUGGCAAACCAGUCGCGUCCAGACCUCGCGACUCAGGUGUCCUUCUCUCAGCAGACCUUCCCAAGACCUACUGUCAGCGAUGCAAUAUCCAUUAAUCAUGCAGUGCGUAGAGCAAAACAACAUGCUGACCAGUCCAUCCGGUUUUGUUCCAUUGCCCCCAACAAGUUAGGUCUUAUGUGCCAUUCGGACGCCGCCUUUGCAAAUGCAAAAGCUGGAGCAACUCAGGCUGGUUUCAUAAUUAGCUUUGUAGAUUCAGGGGUCAAUGAUGGGAAGGAUUGCCCUUGGUCCCCAGCAUACUGGAAGAGUUCCCGCUUGCCCCGUGUCGUUAGUUCGACACUGAGCGCCGAAGCUCAGAGCAUGUCAGUGGCCUCUAGCAUGUUAGAAUGGUCUCACCUCAUGCUGUCAGAAGCCCUCGAUGGUAACCGACUAGCUCAGAGCUUGUGGCAGGGGUUAGGCAAUCGCAUGACCAUGCUGGUUACUGAUUGUAAAUCCUUAUAUGACCAUCUGCAAUCUCAGUCCGCUCCGGGUCUCGACGAUCGUCGCACCGGGAUUGAUAUCAUCAUACUUAGAGAUAGCAUCGCUAGAAUGAAAUCCACUCUUCGCUGGAUCCCUACUGAUCGCAUGUUGGCCGAUGCUUUGACAAAGGAGAGCCCCGAAGCUUUUGACCUUCUCCGAGCAUGUUUGCGCUCCAGCCGAUACCAGAUAAGCCCUGAGGCCCUGGUCUUGGAACGCCGUGCCACCGAGCGUGACCGACGGAAACAACUCGCUUCGAGAGUGUCCCAGGGGAAACAAGUUGAGGUCCCAGGGCCAAAACCUGGGAAGGAGUGA